GGUGAAAUGGGUCCAAAGGGUGAGCCUGGGUUAGCUGGACACCGAGGUCCCACAGGAAGACCCGGAAAGCGAGGCAAGCAGGGGCAGAAGGGAGAUAGUGGAGUUAUGGGCCCACCAGGCAAGCCUGGGCCUUCUGGUCAACCUGGCCGUCAUGGUCCCCCGGGCCCCCCGGGCCCCCCAUCUGCAGGACAACUUAUAAUGGGACCCAAAGGAGAAAGAGGAUUUCCUGGGCCUCCAGGAAGAUGUCUCUGUGGAACCCCCAUGAAUGUGAAUAACCCUUCUUAUGGAGAAUCUGUGUAUGGGCCCAGCUCCCCGCGAGUCCCUGCGAUUUUUGUGGUCAACAACCAGGAGGAGCUUGAGAGGCUGAACACCAAACAUGCUAUCGCCUUCCGCAAAGACCAGAGAUCUCUGUACUUCAAGGACAGCCUUGGCUGGCUCCCCAUCCAGCUGACCCCCUUCUAUCCCAUGGACUACACUGUAGACCACCGCGGCUCCUGUGGGGACGGGGUGCUGCAGCCCGGGGAGGAGUGUGACGACGGGAACAAUGACGUGGGUGACGACUGCAUCAGCUGUCACCGGGCGUACUGUGGAGAUGGCCACCAGCACAAGGGCGUGGAAGACUGUGAUGGCUCUGACUUUGGCCACCUGACGUGCGAGACGUAUCUCCCUGGGUCAUAUGGGGACCUGCAGUGCACCCCCUACUGCAACAUCGACUCCACACCCUGCCGCUACUUCACCUGAGGACGCCAGGUGGCCUGCAUCGCACACACAUGCAGCAGCUUUUCCACCCUCGUUACACUGACCUCGCCAUCCUGGUCCAGUUUCCACCACCUUCAUUCAACAAAAACAAGAUCAGACUCUUGCUGCUAAGACAUGCUUUUAACUCAGUCCUACUGGAAGAGUCAGGACCACUGCAUCCUGUCUUAAUCCAAAGUCCGGGAAGACCUCCCACGUGCCCGGCCUGGGGAUUGACCCAGAGCUCCCAGUAGGCCAGUAGUGACCUAUGGUGCCUGUUGUCUUCCAGAGUGUCACUGACCCAGGCCCCCAGGCCUUGGACUGGCUGAGCACUGUUAGACACACACAGACCUGCGGGCUGUUGUUCUCACCCCAUGUGGGGCAUCUGGGGCGUCUCGGGUAAGGGGCUCUUCGCCCCUCUGACUUCUGGAAACCCUGGCAUCUUACCAGGGCAGCUGGCCGCUGGGUCUCUCCAGGCCUGUGAACCACACAGCAGGGGAGGGGGCCCGCCCUCUUGUGGUGGCUCCCAGCUCUGGACCCGCUGAGGGACCCCUCAACUAGCCACAGCCCAGCAUAGCCCCAUGUGGACAUGGCUCCCCCAACAAGAGAUCCAACCAUGAAGAAGUACUGAGAAAACCCCCGAACCCACGCUCUGCCCUGGGUAGAGGGUGAGGCUCAGCUGGGGUGCCUGCUGUGCAGGUGGUAGCGAGUAGUGGCCUUCCACUUCUUGAUGUUUCCCAGGCUCCUUCUUGACCUC